ACUUCUUCCUUUUCUGUCUAAUGGUGAACACCUUUCUGGACCAGCUCUGGACCAGAAUCUGAUUUAUGCUCUGCUCCGGAAACACCACACUGAAGUGAAAGCAGCUACCACACCAGUUAUUUUUCCUCAGAAGACUGGAGUCUGACUGGACAUGGCCCAGCGCCAUCUGUGGAUCUGGUUCCUUUGCCUACAAACCUGGUCUGAAGCAGCAGGAAAAGAUGCAGACCCGGUGGUAAUGAAUGGGAUUCUUGGGGAGUCAGUUACUUUCCUCUUAAAUAUUCAAGAACCAAAGAAAAUUGACAACAUUGCCUGGACUUCUCAAUCAUCUGUUGCUUUUAUAAAACCAGGAGUCAAUAAAGCUGAAGUUACCAUAACCCAGGGCACUUAUAAAGGACGAAUAGAAAUCAUAGAUCAGAAGUAUGACCUGGUCAUUAGAGACCUGAGGAUGGAAGAUGCAGGAACUUACAAAGCAGACAUCAAUGAAGAGAAUGAGGAAACCAUCACCAAGAUCUACUACCUUCAUAUCUACCGUAAGUUAUGGCAGCACGGGGCCUUGGAUUUACUUUUGAUUUGAAGAUUUAUGAUCUAAACCACACCCAUAUUUCUGAUAACAGAGUUUCCUAACUCUUCUUAUCCUUAUAAUUACAUAAGCACAUCAGUACUUAUAAAGGUCUAACUUUACUUCUGGCCUUGACAGACUUUAGCUGUAAUCUGUUUUGCAGCAGAAUUUGUCCUCUGUUCUUUGUUUUCCUUUCCUAUAAAAUGUCAAUAAUCAUAUUAAUCAAUUUGUAAGCAUUAUUAUGACAUUCUAGUAAGAAACUAUAUGCAGAGUGGUCUUUAUAAGGCUUCUGCUUUUAAGAUAAUUACAGAAUGCAUAGGAAAAUGCAAAGAACUAUGAAAGGAUGUGUUCUGUGCCCUUCUCUUGCCCUCUCCUCUGUUAUACUAGAUCCAAACUCUUAGUCUCAUCCCCCGUCUUAUACAGACCUUCUGGGGUAGCCUUUCUUCAUUGUCUCUCCUGAUUCCAAAGAGAUAAAAUAAGCAGAUCCUGGCACACACCUUUGAUUCCAGCACUCAGGAGGCAAAGACAGAAGGAUCUCUAUGAGUUCAAGGCUAGCUUGGUCUUCAGAGAAAGUUCCAGAACAGCCAAGACUAACAAAAAGAAACCCUUUCUCAAACCAACCUCCCAUCCCCAUCCUCACCCCCCAAAAACUACUAGAAUGAAAGAAAAAAAAAUACCAAGACACAAAAUGAACAGUGUCUGAGGAACUCUUAUUUCUGUAAGUAUUAAUACUUUCAGAAAUGCAGAACAGUGUUCAAGGUCAAAAACAGAAAAUUGGAACUUUCUUGGAAUGUGCCAGCACUUACUUAGGAAUGGAAUCACUUAUAUUCCUAUAGAAUUUAAUCACAUAUAUAGCACCGGACAGCAUUAAUCACAUAUAUAGCACCGGACAUCAUAAGCAAGGUAGUAGUGAAGCACCAUCCCAACAUUUUCUUGUCUCAGUUCUGCAGGGCAGAGAACUGUUAGCCCUGACUCCAGCUUUUUCUACCUAACAGUUUUGUGCAGGUGACAUCUCGUCCCUGCUGAGAAAAUGAAAUGAGAUUUAGUUUUCACCACUAUGGCUGUACCAAUACCUACCCCAACGGGUGGCACACACACACACACACACACACACACACACACACACACACACACACACACGUCUCUCCGAAAAUAGGUAAAUAAUGAUACUUUUCUUGUGUUUCGGCUAUUUUGGAAUAUUCAGAGCCUACUGUUGUAGAAUAGCUGGGAUAAAAUGGAGACAUCCUGCCCAGGCUGUUAUUGACUGUGCUUUUUUGUUGGCAUCUAGGCAUCUGGGACUGGGAUGAUUAUAAAUCUAGGUGAUGAUGUUUGGAUUUGUCUUUGUUGGGUGGGUGGCUUGUUCCUUGUUUUCUGUUUCCUCUCUGGAUUUUCAGAGAGUGUGGUAGCUCUAUGUUUUAGUAGGACAUUUUCUUUGGAUCUGACAUUUAUAGCCACUGGAGGUUCUCAAUAAAAGAUGUUUCUGGGUAUUGGGAGCUAACACUUAGGACCUGUGAUAGGUUAGGAGUAUGAAAGUGUUCAUAGGAGAGAGAAGAAGAGUGUUUAGCCAGGAUCUGUUUAUUUCAUCCCCUUGGAAUCAGGGAGACAGUAAAGUGAGGUCAACCCACAGGGUCUUCUCUAGAUACUGGGGAUGAGACUGGGAAGUUGGAUCUAGAGGAACAGAAGGAAACAGGAAGAUAUACAGGCUCCUAUCUGCUUCUGGGCAGGAAUGAUCUGGGUUAGCAGGGAGUGCCUGCUGAAGAUGAGGGCUGGGAUAAACCAACAAGUGGGGAGAAGGUGGGUAGAAAGGGAAGAUCUGUGGAACCACAAUAGAUGUGGGAUUGGGGAUGUGCAGGAGUGGGGACAUUAGAAGGAAGGCUGCAGCAGGUGUUCUGUUGCAGAGCUAGGGAUGAAGCUGGAGCUUUAGAUUUGUAGGAGAGGAAGCCUUCUGUUAGCUUACAUGUUUCCCAGGCCUGCUUGGGUGGUGUGUUCACAAGGAACACUGGUUUUGGGGACUUGUUUACUGGAAUGAAUUGGGGGAAGGAAGGUUGGAGUAGAAGAUAGAGGUCCUCAAAGAGAAAAUUAAUAAGUCCACAAAAUCCAAACAAACAGUGGAAAGAAGUGAAUAAACUGUAUAAGACUUGAAAAUGAAAAUAAAAUCAAUAAAGAAAACUAAAACCGAGAGAAUUCUAGAAAUGAAAAUUUUAAGAAUUUGAACAGAAAUUACAGAGGUAAACUUCACCAACAAAAUAUGAGAGAUGGAAGAGAGAAUAUUAGGCAUUGAAGAUACAAUAGAGAAAAUGAAUAUAUCAGUCAAAGAAAAUGUUAAACCAAAAAAAAAAAGUCCUAACAAAAAAUACAAAAAAUUUAGGACACUAAGAAAAGACAAAACCUAAGACUAAUAGAAAUAUAGGAAGGAAAAGAAUUCUACCUCAAAGGCCCAGAAAAUAUUUCAACAAAAUCAUAGAAGAAAAAUUUUCUCACCUAAAGAAGAUAGAUGCCUAUAAGGUAUAUGAAGCAUAUAUAACAACAAAUAGAUUUAACAAGAAAAUAAACUCUCCUUGGCACAUAACAGUCAAAUCACAAAGCAUACAGAACAAAGAAAGAAUAUUAAAAGCUACAAGGGGAAAAGGCCAAGUAGUAUAUAAAUGCAGACCUAGAAUGAUACCUGAUUUCUCAGUGAAGACUCUAAAGGCCAAUAGAGUCUGGACAAAUGUGCUAUAAACUCUAAGAGACCCCAGAGGUCAUCCCUGAUUACUAUACCCACCAAAAUAUCCAACAUCCUAAAUGGAAAAAAUAGGAUAUUCCAUAAUAAAGCCAAAUUUAAACAAUAUCUGUCUACAAAUCCAUCUAUAGAAGAUGACAGGGCGGAAAAUUCCAACCAAAAGAGUUUAACUAUACCAAAUAAAAACAAAAGGAAUAAACAAUCUCAAAGCAGAAAAA